UUGAUUGUCAGUCGCCAGAAGCCGGCGCUUGGCUCCGUCACUCGGCAGCGCCUUAUAAGGAAAUCAUCUCCAUAGAAACGUGUCAGUUUGAAUAGUCGUGUCAAAGUUCACUAUAUACAGCCAUCCGCGCAGAUUCCCCCUUUCAGAAAAAUUACUCCGCAAGCUCGCUCGUUCAAAUCGGAUUCACUUCCAACCCCUUUUGCAUAUUUGAUCAGUUUGAUUAUCUCCUCUCUUCCUUUAUUUCCCUGCCUCUUCUCGCAUGAGAGAGGUUGCAUAGCUUCCCUUUUUUUUUUCUGCACGACGUCGACUCUUUUUUUUUUUGUAGUCCCUUUUCGCUGGCGAGUUGUUGACUCUCAUCGUGUGUGCGUGUGUGUGUGCGUGUGUGUGUGUGUGUGUGUGUGCGUGUGUGUGUGUGUGUGUGUGUGUGUGUAUGUGCAGUUCCAACACUACCGGUACGGCGAAGAAUCUAUGAUCAGUUGAUGGUCGUUCACUUCUACUCUGGAUCGUGCAUCUGCCUGCAAGAGUCGAGCCUUUUUUUUGCUUUCAGUCUUUAACCUUUCGUCCCUCUUUCUCAUUUUUUGAUGGGUUUCCUGAAUGGCUGACUGCGUGUUGCCCUGGUCGUGGCCCCCCGACUAUCGAAUCUUCUCUUCCGAUCGGGUCUGAACUGCUGCUGCUGCUCUCUGCCGCUCUCUCCCUCUCUCUCUUUCUCUCUCUUUCUCUCUCUUUCUCUCUCUCUCUCUCCCUCUCUGUCUCUGUCUCUGUCUCUGUCUCUGUCUCUCUCUCUCUCUCUGUAUAUUUUUUUUUUGGUCGGCUCAUCGCUUCUCCUUCCUUCAUUUUCUCCCCAACCCCGAUCCAAAAGACAAGACCUGUUCUUUUUGUGUGUGUGUGUGUGUGUGUGUGUGUGUGUUUUUUUUUGUUUUGUUUUUUUUCGCUGCCUGAUAACACUCUGCCCGAGAUAUGGCAAUGGUAGUUAGUACGUGGCGAGACCCGCAAGACGACGUGGCCGGAGCACAAGUCACACAGCCACCUCCGCCUCAGCAAGGACCGCAACAGCCUUCCGGAGCACCCCUUACCCCGCAGACCCCCGGCCAACCUGGAGGUCCGGGCACGCCGGCCCAGUCUAACCAGCAGCAGAGCGAGAAACAGCAGCAGCACAUCGAGUGUGUGGUGUGCGGGGACAAGUCGAGCGGCAAACAUUACGGCCAGUUCACCUGCGAGGGCUGCAAGAGUUUCUUUAAAAGAAGUGUGCGCAGAAACUUGACGUACACAUGUCGUGCCAACAGGACCUGCCCUAUAGACCAACACCACCGCAAUCAGUGUCAGUACUGUCGCCUGAAAAAAUGCCUGAAAGUCGGCAUGAGACGGGAAGUCUGUUCUUUUCGCACUGCAGCAGUCCAAAGGGGAAGAAUGCCGCCUACACAACCGACUCCAGGCCAGUUCGCCUUGACAAACGGAGACCCACUCAACUGCCAUUCCUAUUUAUCGGGAUAUAUCUCCCUGUUAUUGCGGGCCGAGCCUUAUCCGACCUCGCGUUAUGGCAGCCAGUGCAUGCAACCGAACAAUAUAAUGGGCAUUGAAAACAUUUGUGAACUGGCCGCUCGGCUGCUCUUCAGCGCCGUGGAAUGGGCAAGGAAUAUCCCUUUCUUCCCGGAUCUGCAGAUCACAGACCAGGUGGGCUUGCUGAGGCUGACCUGGAGUGAGUUGUUUGUUCUGAACGCUGCCCAGUGCGCUAUGCCCCUACAUGUGGCUCCACUGCUGGCGGCCGCCGGGCUCCAUGCGUCCCCUAUGUCGGCAGACAGGGUCGUCGCUUUCAUGGAUCACAUACGGAUCUUCCAGGAACAGGUCGAGAAACUCAAGGCUUUGCACGUCGACUCGGCUGAGUACAGCUGUUUAAAGGCCAUCGUCCUCUUUACUUCAGAUGCGUGUGGCUUGUCUGAUGUGGCCCAUAUAGAAAGCUUACAGGAGAAAUCGCAAUGCGCUCUGGAGGAAUAUGUUCGCAGUCAGUAUCCGAAUCAGCCGACCCGCUUUGGAAAACUUUUACUCCGUCUCCCUUCUCUUCGCACCGUCUCAUCUUCUGUCAUCGAGCAAUUAUUCUUCGUCCGCUUGGUAGGUAAAACCCCCAUAGAAACCCUGAUCCGUGAUAUGUUACUAUCAGGGAGCAGCUUCAACUGGCCAUAUAUGUCGAUUCAAUAAAUAGGAAGGUGGAAAAAAGGCAAGUGACAUUAUUUUGCAAAUUCCUUCUGUAAAGGAGGAAAUAAAAGGCUGUUACAAGUUUACCUAUGUGACGCACAAAAAAAAAAUUGAAGAGUGGGAAGAAUUAAAAAAAAGGACUGUGGAUUUCAAUGACUGUACACGAACUUAAAAACAAACGCAUUCAAAAACUCUUCUGUGUCGUUCAGAACAACUUGCUACUUAUCAUUUUGUAACAAAAGGAAUUUAGUCUUUUAUUUUGGUUUAUUUUGUAAACUUUUGAGAAAUAUCGAUACAAAGAUAAGUGCAUUUAAACAAGGAUUUCAAAAUUAGGAGGAAAGAAAAAAUGACAUUUUCCAAAUUAUUAUAAAUUGUCCGGUGUCUAUGUAUCUAUAGCUGUUUUGUAUUAUUCCUGGUUUCAAACCAGUCUCCUCUGUGGUUCUCUACUAAUAAUUUUGAUAUAACCAUUGCUUCUUAUCAGAUACGGUGUAUCACGUGAAUGUGUUCUGCAAGAAUUAAAACGGAACCCGCUAAAAUGUUAGAUGAAAAGGUUUUUUUUUUUAAAAAAAACAGAAUCGCAACUUAAUGCUGGAAGCGCACUUAUAGUGUUAACUCAAAAUACGUUUAAUUUGGGGGGGAAUGGACUGCAGACCAAUAUUAAAUGAUACACACUUGUAAUUUAAAAAUCCAUUGUUGGAAACUCGUUAAUAUUGACAUGUGGGGGGUGGGGGCGGGAGAACAUUGUGGGUAUAUAUCUGAAAGCAAAGAUCCUUUAUGUGUCCAAGACACAGUACAAUAUUUUUCAUUAAGUCUAUGUGGCUCAAUUUAGUUCCUGUUGCAGUAUAGAAUCUUACGAGGUUCCAAAACACGCCUGUUUGUAUAUUUCCCACCCAUUUGUAACAAUUAUAAACCCUUAGCCCUUUUAAAGGAAAAACAACCACGAUUUAUUUUCUUGGAUUCAGCAUGGAACUCAAUGUCGGCACUUACUAUUUUACGUGUGGUUAAUUAAGUAUCUGGAGUUUACAGUCGUGUAUACAAGCUGAAGGGUUUUUUUAAGUGCAAAAUUUCUGUACUGUAAAAGUUAUGAUUGGAUUGUUUGGUCAGUCUUGUGUGUUAUAUUCAAGAAAAAAAUGAAAGUAUUCGGAGAUUAUAAUAUUAUUUGAUAUAUGGAACUUUUCGCUGUUACAAUUGUAUGUUCACCCAAGGAAAAAAAAAAUCUCAUUACAAUGGUCAAACAUCGCAGUUUACUGGAGUCAUUACAAUCCGUGCAUUAUUUGUGUUAUUUACUCUAUAUAACUGUAUAGUUUCCCGCCACAGUCUGUAGUAGUGGACAAACCACAUGCUUUUUCAAUGAAAGCAUAAGUCGUGGACUCAUGCUGCUCCUUGCCUCUAGGUCUUAGCGAUGACACCCUAAAUAUACCGUCAAAUGGCCCCUGUGCGACACACCGUACCCCUUUCCUUUUUAAAUUCAAAAUGCCAUGGGGAUUUUGACCACCGACCCUUAUUUAGUUCUAACUUAAGUGCCUGUGCAACCAAUGUACAUUAGACAGGUGUUAGGAAGCAUGGAUCAUUAUGUGUGUUAAUGGUCAGGGUUUUGUUUUGAAGCUUAUUGUGUCUGAAGUUCACGCACAUAACACACUUAAACAAGCAAUUGCUACUAGGAACAGUGUUGAUUGUAAAUAAAAUAUAUUAAAUGAGAUUUAUUCCAAAAAAAAAGUAUGUCUGGAAAAAUGUGGUUGCCAAUUUUUGUUAUUGGAAGAUCUUCAAACGGAGGAUGAUGUGGCUGGCGUUUGAUGUGUAGCACUACAAGUGAGCCUGGUUUUAUGUAUAUAAAUAUAAAUUCAUUUGAAUUUUUAUAUAUGGAAAUAGACUGUGAGAGCAUGGCCACAGGUCGCGAAUACAUUUAACAUUUGUUACAUACAUGUAAAUGUUUGAUUGUAUAGAGGAUAUACAUUUGGGCGAAUGUACGGCUUCAGUGCUCCCAUAUACCCUUGUUUAAAAGCAAAACACACACACAUACACACACACACACACAUACAUAUAUACACACACACACACA